AUUAGUUUCUCACUUUCUCUCGUUAAGAAUUAUGGAUAUAUUCAAAGUCGUGCUUGCUUCUCUUCUCAUAUCUCUUCUUGUCCUCGACUUAGUUCAUGGCGAUAUGGUGACGUCGAAUAACAACGGCGCUACAAUCGAUUGCAACAGCAGAUGCCAAGAACGGUGCAGGCUCUCGAGUAGGCAGAAUCUUUGUCACCGAGCGUGCGGGACUUGUUGUGCCAGGUGCAACUGCGUACCAUCGGGCACAUACGGAAACUACGACCAGUGCGAGUGCUAUGGUAGCCUCACCACCCAUGGUGGUCGCCGAAAGUGUCCUUAAAAACACCGUCGUUUUUUAAUUCGAUAUCUGUAAUACUUAUAUGGAAUCAAUUCAUAAGAAAAACAUUUAAAAAAAAGAAGAGAUAAUAUAUGUCAUUCGUUAUGUGCAUUCUUUGAGAUUCCUAUCUGAAAUAUCCUAUAGCAUGCACCAGAUUCAGUUCGAAGUAUGAUUUCCGUGUUAUAUCCCUCUAGAAACAAAGUUUCAAAUUGUAUAUGUAUCCAAAUUGAAUUUUACUUAGUUUGGAUCGACCGCAUCUAAGUGCUAUCUAUAUAUUAAUUAUACGAUACUCUUAUUUAGUUGUAAUUGUUUAAGAAUCCAUUUUGUCCCUUAUUUUACAAUUUGAAAAUCCGAGCGGAAAGCCAAAAUAUGAAUAAUUCUUCAUAUUUUUUUUAUUUCAGGAGUUCCGAAGGAAGAAUUCAACAAUUUGGGUUUAAAAAUUUUCUUAGUUAUACAACUUUCAUCGGAUUCACAAAAUCUGAUGAACUUGCAUAUAUAGAAAGAUUGAAGAGAAAAAGUAAAGAGAUUUUUUCUUUGACUCCAAAAGGUAGGAAGAGUUAGGCACUGGAUCUUGAAUGGAAACAAUGGAAUUUUAGUGAACAAAAUGGAUUAUACAGCUUAUAGCAGUUUACUGUUUAUGGUGGAUUAUUUUUUAUAAGUUGACUUAGCAUUUGACACGUGAUCAUUGUUCAGUAGAAUAUGUCACGUUAUCAAGAACAAAAAAAAAAAAAAUUAAAAAGAUGGUAUAUGAAGUCACGUUUUAUAUUUACGAGUUGAAUUAGUUACAGAAGUAAAAAAUAUGUACAAGAUUUAGAGAAAGGUAGAUAAAAAAAUUCACCGCAUUUUGUCAUUCAUCUUAUAUGACAUGUUCUCCUUCUCCAGCAAGAAACAUCAAUAUCUUCGACUUCAACAGUCACCUAGCAUUGUAAUGUGACACAUUCAAAAAUCAAAUUGGACAUAAAAGCAAGUUACCGUCAAAAUCAAAAUCCAUCUCCAUUAAUCCUAAAAUCCCACUAUGAUGGUCAGUGUGUCACACGUUAAGGCAAUAGUACAUCUUUCAGAGAUCAGCGUGAGGCAAUACUGUGGAUCACGAGAGGAAUAAAACAUCAUUGUUUCAACUGAGCUGAUCAGAUUAGCUCCGGAAGAACUGAAAAUAAUCAACCCAAAAAAUAGGGGCAUCACGUGAAUUUCAAACUUAGAAGAAAAUGUACAUUAACCAAAAGCAAAUGGGGCAUAAUAGGAGAACUAUCAGUAGAAAAGUCAAAAGAGAAGAAAAGAUGGAUCAACUUAGAACUGGGUGGAUUCGAACCACCAACCUCUCGUCCAUAAGAAAACGAGCGCUCUACCAUUUUGAGCUUACAGAUCUAUCUAUCAAAAACAACCUUCACCCAUGGGACCAAACGCUGAAAUUUUCGUUGCAAAUUUAUGUUUAACAAUUCUGACCAAUUUUUGAAAAGCUAAAACUAAACUAUCUUCCCUACUUUAAAUAAAAUUUCCAAAUUAAAGUAACUUGCUUUAAAAUAAUUUGGAAAACUUUAGCGGAUAGAUAAAAUUCACAAAUUAAUAACACUGCGUUUUCAUAAAUGAAAGGGAUACAAAAAAAGUCUAAAUCGGAAUAAUGUCAAAAAAAAAAAAAAAU